GAACAGCAGGAACAGCAACAACAGGAACAACAACAACAGCAGCAGCAACAUCAGGAACAAAAACAACAACAACGGUUGCAGGUUGCGACCUUUGAAAGUGAUUGUCGUGAUAAACAACCCAAUAGUAAUGCCCCGAACGGCGUGGCUAACAAAGACGAAGUCGAGGAGCCUCCCCAGCGAAAACGGAGCAGACCACCAAAAAAGGACUACAGGGGUUCGCUAAGUCCUCAAUCAGCCACAACGGCAACGACAAUAGAGGCUCUCACGGAGAAGCAACAGCAGCAAACUGUUCAUCCGAACAAUGGUAGGUCCCAGGCCGAUCCAAUGAAAAUGGAUGAACGGGGUGGAAAAAGAUCAGCAUCAGUACAUAACAAUCAGAAGGAGAUUACAAAAGACCCGAAAGCUACUGAUGCUGCUCCACAGGAUUCUCAUCAUAAUCUCGAUCAUCAAGAACAGAAACAAACCCGCUCAGAUUUUACGGGCACCGUCAUAGAUCAUAGUAAUUCGAUAAGGACUACGCACAGUGAGGAUCGACGUGACUCGAAAGUGGACAAUGAUGUCCGUCGAGAUCAUUUUAAAGAGAGUGAAGAAGCACAGCGACAAAACCAAACUGACGAUAGUAGUGUAAAGUCGAAAGAUAUAGUCAAACAGAACAACGGCACAGAUAAUUUGCCGUCCGACAAUAAUGAAUCUCUGCAAACCCCAUAUGUCAAUGGCCGUAUACAAGGUCAAGCCCCUGAGAAAAAAAUCACAGAGACAGAUAAGGACAAGAAUCCGGACGAACUGAUGAAUCGUGUGGGAAGUCAUAAACUGGAAAAAAGUAUUAACGCAGAUGGAGGAAAUGAGCGAAUCACAAAAACCAGCGAUGACCAACUGCGGCCUGCUACGGCGACUGUAAGCGAAAAUCAUCAUCGCACGGUGGAAAUGGCUGUGCCAACUCCACCGAGAACCCCAGCCAGUAGUGAGACGAUACCGUCAGUCGAGCGUUCCCUAUCACCGAUUGUCUCGGCACCCCCUUCGGUGACACCCUCCCUCAGUACGCAUUCUACAUCAUCGGUAAGUUCAGGCGCAGAUAGCUUGCUUCCCCCACUGGCCAGCCCGGCAAUUACCGGUCCCGUAUCGUCGUCGAUUAAGGAAGCGAUGCUUGCAAUCACCGAAGGAGCUUUACUUCAGCCCGACGAGCGUACAACCCCCCCACCACAGGUUAGUAAUUGCAAGACCCUCGUUGUCGCACCUCCUCAUCCAGAACAGCAUACCCCAAGCCAUCCGCCUGCGCCACGUUCCGCCCAUAUUUACGGCGCUGGAGCUGAUGUGAAGGAUCACUCUCUUUAUCCCGCAGUAACUACCAGUGGUCAUAUUGGGACUCUUGGCUCGCCGGCGUUUGGUUAUCCCCAUACUCAUCAGCAUCUGAAUAAUGUGGCAGUGGCCGCAGCAGCUGCAGCUCAGACCCUCUACGAACAACAGCACCAACAGCUCGCGCACUUAGCACACCAACAACAACAGCGUGAAUGGCUCGCCUACCAUCAUCAUCAACAGCAGCAACAGCAGCAGCAGCAGCAUCAUCAACAUCCGCAGAUAGCAGCCGGUAACGGAGGAAGUGGCCCUGGAAGGCCAGGUUCAGGCUCAGGACGUGUGACCCCGGCCAUAUCAUCGCCUGCCCUGGGGAAGCUGCAUCAGCUAACGGCAGGGAUAGAUCAUGGAGGCACUGGUACCUCACAUCCUCAUGCAAAUAGUAGUUCUGGUGGAUCGGGAAGUGGAACUGGAGGGCAUGUGACAUCUCAAGGCGGUCCCCAUCCACAUCAGCCACCCAGUGUUGCUGCUGGUCAACUCAGCCCUGCUGGGGCUGGGCCGCCUCCCCACGGACAUACGCCACCUCCAACACAUCACUCAAUGUAUUAUGGAACACCGACAAACGCUGCUGUACCCGGAGGCCAAGGGGUAGGAACUCCAAGCGCUGCGAGCGCUGCCGCCGCUGCAUAUUGGUACCAUCAACAGCAACAACACCAUCAUUCGCAUCACCCUCAUUCGUCCGUUCAACAGGCACACCAUCAUCCAUCUCACAGCCCACACCAUCAACCACCUCACCAUCAACACGCUCAUCACCAUCAUGGUGGUGGGGUGGCUGGGUACCAUCACGGCGGACAUCCACACAACAGCCCCGCUGCCGCCGCCGCCGCCGCCGCCGCCGCCGCCCAGUACGGGCCGGCCGCCGCUGCAGCGGCAGCGGCAGCUGCCGCCUCCGCAACGUCUUCGUCGCAGCCGAAUCUGUAUGGUACUGCCGCUUAUGGCUACCUCAAUACGAUGAUGAGACGGUAAUAAUGAUAAGAUAAAACAUAUUAAAUUAAUGACGUUGAUGAUAGUUGCUACUAUCGGUGGGGUAUGCAAGAAACAAGAGGGGGCCUAAUUGAUUGAUUGAUUGACCCGGUAGAAUGUAAAUACCUACGCUGUAUUAACAGUAUCAAAUGCGUACAUACACUAAAGCGCAUAUAUGCGUAUAUACAUAAAUAUAAUUUCAAGCCAACAAAAGGCCGACAAAAAUAUCUCUAAUUCACAACAAAUCGUAGAUAACACAUGAGUACUGAUACUCUGACCUGACUUGAUCUUAUAAGGCCGGUUUGCAUGGAAAAGUGGUUUUAGGCAUUGUGUUAAAUGGUGCUCCGCUGCUUCUACAUUGGCUGUUCUUCGACAGGGCUGACCUGUAGAUUAAUUGCGCAUUGACAUAUCACAUAUAUGUAUCAAUAUCUAUUAUCUUAUCCAUUUAAUAUGUUUCUGAAGCAAGUAGCAAUUUCAUAAGACGAAUCAGGUCCACCCAGAUCAGUCCGGACAACUGAAUCAAAUAUGUAAGCACUACUAUCCCUCAGUUUAAAUGCUAAUUAAUAAGGAGGACAAUGAUAGGUAAAUAGUCAGAAAAGUCGGAGGGAGCGAAAUGUAUUUGGAAAGUGUGAUACCGGGAAGCAAACAUUAUGGGCAAUAGAACAAUGUCCCGCAGCUGGAAAUGUCAAGAAGAAAACAACUGGCCCACUUCUGUGAGUCGUAUGUAGAUUAUAAAAUUAAAUGAAUAAACGCUGGAUAGUCUAUUUAGAUUCAGCAACGUAAAGUGAAAAUUUAGAUUGUCGAUUUUUUUUGGGAAGAAAAACACACGGAUCGAGCGGAUGCGUGUACGUCGUCGACUCGACGGAAAUAUUCAUGACCUUUUUUCACUUCAAAAGUGACAUUUUAUAGUGGACACUCUAAAAGGGGUAAAUCGUGCAACCCCAUGUGCGAUACGUUUGCCACAAGAGGCGUGCGUCAGUGAUAAAAAUACUUAGAUGAAGCAAGUAAAGAUAAUAUGUUUAUUA